UCUCUAAGCUCCUCACUUCUGUCUGAGCGCAGCCAUGAGCUACAGCGACCACUACACCUCCUCCUCCUACAGGAAGAUCUUCGGCGACUCCCCCAGGUUGACCAUGACCUCCUCCCGCAUGAGCAGCUUCCCUCCCCGGAGCUCGCCCACGUUCCGCUCCGUGCCUGUGUCCCGCAGCGGCGCCUCCACUCUGGGUCAAUACCGGCGGACGGGCCGGCCCUCGGCCUCCUACGCCCUGAUGGUGACCGACUCAGUGGACUUGACCCAGACUUCCGUGUCCAACAAUGAGCUGAAGGUGAUCAGGACCAACGAGAAGGAGCAGCUCCAGGGUCUGAACGAUCGCUUCGCCAUGUUCAUCGACAAAGUCCGGCACCUGGAGCAGCAGAACAAGGUGCUGGAGACGGAGCUGGUGACCCUGCGGCAGAGACACGGCGAGCCCUCCAGAGUGGCGCACUUGUACGAACAGGAGAUGAGGGACUUGCGCUCGCAGGUGGAGGAGCUGAAUCGAGACAACAGUCGCAUCCUGAUCGAGAGGAACAACCUGGAGGACGAGCUGCAGAAAGUGGUGGGGAAAUAUGAAGAAGAGGUGAGGCGUCGAGAGGAGGCCGAGCACACGCUGAGGUCUUUCAGGAAGGACGUGGACGAUGCGGCGGCCGUCCGCCUGGACCUGGAGCGUCGGGUGGAAUCUCUCUUGGAUGAGAUUUCCUUCCUGAAGAAAGUCCAUGAGGAGGAAAUCCAGGAGAUGAGCAGCAUGAUGGAGUCCCAGCAGCUCUCAGUGGAGAUGGAACUGACCAAGCCGGACCUGACCUCUGCCCUGAAGGAGAUCCGUAACCAGUACGAGUGCAUCGCCUCCAAAAACCUGCAGUCGGCAGAGGAGUGGUACAAGAGCAAGUUUGCCAGCCUCAGCGAGCAGGCCACUCGCAGCACCGAGGCCAUGAGGGCCAGCAGGGAGGAGCUCAACGAGUUCAGGAGGCAGCUGCAGUCCAAGACCAUCGAGAUCGAAACUCUGAGGGGCGCCAAUGAGUCACUCGAGAGACAGAUUACUGAGAUGGAAGACUCCCAUAACGCCGAGGUCACCGCCCUGCAGGACACCAUCAGCCACUUGGACACUGAGCUGAGGAACCUGAAGGGGGAGAUGGCGCAGCACCUGAGAGAAUACCAGGACCUGCUGAACGUCAAGAUGGCACUGGACAUCGAGAUCGCAGCCUACAGGAAGCUGCUGGAGGGAGAGGAGACUCACUUCAACUCAGGGAUGUCCUUCAGUGGAAGCAGCUUCAGCUACCAGUCCCGAGCUGGGGGAGGACCAUCCAGAGGAGGCGCCUCCAGAGACAGAGAGGGAGCCAAGAAGGAGAGCCUCAAGGAGGAGGAGAAGGACGAGGCGGACAUCAAUUCCAAUAACUGAGAGCAGAGAGUCGGAGAACUGAGACCGCCGGUGGGUUUAGAGUCAGUUGAUAGUCGCGUAUCAGUGGAGUCUGACCAUCACCAUCUUAAUCGCUUUUCCAAGAGUCAUUCAAUGAGUAGACCAUUCAUCGUGUGAAGCUCUAGUUCAGUCGCACGAGCGUGCACUUGUGAACACAGCAGCUGGGUGGUGAGAGAUCUCGCUUCCCUUUUGUUCCUGGGUAAAGGGACAUUUAAAAAUCUACCUGAAAGCGCAGACAACUUCUGCUCAAGACAUCAGUCCAUUCAUAAAUCCUAAUGAUAAGCGAGGCCGGUGCCUGAGAAGGUUUCACCUCAGCAACAAGUGAGCACCUCUCCACCCAGAGGUCACACUGAAACCAUUCCUUACCCGCCUCAGCUGGAUUGAAGUGUCUGGCUGCAGAGCUCCAUUCUGAGCCUCUCACCAUCUAGGAAGCCUUUCGCCCUCUUUUUCAAGUCCGCAGAGCCCAUCUUGAUGGUUCAGCUUCACAACAGCAGCUGACCAGACACAAGUGUGUAUCACUAGAGACCUUCGUGUUUUAUGGCUUUCCAAUAUCCGCUUACUUGGGAAAGAGUCCAGUUCGACCUGAGACACAGGACAUCCACCUUUCCCUGCGCUGAACCAUGAAGUCACGCCAGGGCCGAUGCUAGUGACCGCUGGAGGUCCUGACUGCAGAGCCAGUGACCAAGUGAAGCUUGGGUUCAGCCUUCAACAGAAUGAGUCAGACCUGUUGUCAGCAACGUGGACCAGACUCUGGAACUGGUCAUAUAGAGAUGUGACCAGCCGAUAGACAGAAGUCAGACUUGGCUGAUGAAAACAAGCCUAGAAGUCUAUCCAUAACCAUAUCAUCAGGAAAAUGUAACGUAGGUAAGAGGUUGCUUUUGUGGUCAUGCUGUUGGUAUUGCACCUAGUUUGGUUCUACUGUGACAUGCGAGCUGUAUAACCAGUAACAACAGAUUUAUAUUUAUUUACACUUCAUAUAAAGUGUAACCAGAGGGUGACAUUGACUUAGCAAUGGUGAGAAACAAACUCUACCCAUGAUCGUUCUGUGAAAUAAAGACAAGUAUCAAAAGACA